AUGAAGAUACACUCUGGCAUCGUGGUGCAGCUGCUGGUGGUUUCCUGUGCAAAGCUCCUGGCGCGGGAGGACCACGGCACUCACAGAACAGAGAACCAGGAAAAGUGGGAGAAGGAUGUGAGGUCCGCCGGCAGUCUGGAGGAGUUGCUGAUGCUGACGGACUUCCCGGAUUGGAAGCUGUGGAAGUGCCGGAUGCAGCUGAAGCACCUGGAGUCGCCCUCACACCCCGAGCACCGCUCUACUUCCUCCUCCUCCUUCUCCUCCUCAGCUGGAUCGCACCGCUCCACACGCUAUGCCGCAGCCUCCUACAGCCUGGAGAUCCUCAAAGCCAUUGACGAUGAGUGGCAGAGGACCCAGUGCAUGCCCAGGGAGAUGUGUGUGGACGUUGCCAAGGAGCUGGGCACUAACACGGGCAUGUUCUUCAAGCCACCCUGUGUCGCUGUCUUCCGGUGCAACGGCUGCUGCAACAAGGAGGGCGUCACAUGCAGAAAUACAAGUACUACCUAUGUUAAUAAAACACUUCUGACUGUGAUACCAUUUAAGCAGGGCCCAGAACCUGUUCUGAUAAAGGUGGCGAAUCACACAGAGUGUAAAUGCCUGGAACCACCCCUUAUCAGGAGACACACCCGCCCUCAAAGGAGAAAAGGGUGUUACUCUGUGCUAUGGGUCCCAGGGUCUGAGGAUUCUCGGAGACGGUGUGCCACUGGACUGAUCUGGGACUGCAUGGCAGACAGAUGUGUUCCAUAUCCUUCCAUUAAACAAGACUUUUUUUACCCCAAGAUGUCAGAUUGUGAGAUUGAUGUUGACCACUGUGACUGCGUUCCCCAAAACAAAACCAGACGUUCUAUCCCUGCCACCUAAACUGCCACAAAACGCAGGUGUUAGGACCAAGUGUCCUGUAGGUAGAGUUCACCAUGUUACACUGGCUGUAACUAAAGUGCUUUUAGCCUUCUUAGAGUGUGCUACGUAUGUUAAUGUUUCUUUUUUUUAUGAAUUGCAAAUUCACUUUGACUGUCAUAUAAUAUUAAUGGGAUUGUGGGUGUUAUGAUAUAAUAUGAUUAAUUCAUUAGAAUUUGUUCAGUCUUUGUGUGCCUGUCUUUUGGAAAAAAUCUGUGUGUCAGAGCCAUUUAGGUAAUAUUGUGUGUGUGUGUGUGUGUGUGUGUGUGUGUAUGUGGGGGUGGGUGACCUUCACAAGUCAAUUUUAUAGAAUUUAUCAUUUUCUACAGGUGCAAGGGACUAUACAAAAACCUAACCUUGACAUUCUGCAAGGAAGCAGAGAAUACAUAUUUAUUUAUUUACCUCUAUUUAUAUCGCACAAUAUACACUCAGUCAGUGCUUGAUUAGGUAGACAUGUACAUCAGCUUCUUAAUGCAAAUAUUUAAUCAGCCAAAUCCAUACUAAAUUCAUACAAGCAUGCAGACAUGGUCAAGAGGUUUAGCUGUUUUUCAGACGAAAUGUCAGAAUGAGACGGUGACAGUAAUGUAAAUAACCACUCAGUACAACAGUGGUAUGCAGAAGAGCAUCUCUGAACACACAACGCAUCAAACCUCCAAGUGGAUAGGCUACAGCAGCAGAAGACCAAUAAGUCAAGAAAAUAAGUCUAAUAAAUACCUAAUAAAGUGCUCACUGAGUGAAUGUUCUGAUUAACCCUUCUUCUCCUCAUCUUUAACAAUGCAACAAUCAUGUUUAGUGUUAUAACGUGUAACUCCAUUGUGAUGUUAUGUAACAAUCCUACAACUGUCAACUGUCAAUCUUUUACUAUUUCAUAUACAGUAGGCUCCAGAAUUAUUGGCAUCCUUUAUAAAAAUGAAGAAAAAAGGCUGCACAUAAUAAACAACAUCUAUAUGUUAUCUAUAUAAUAGUCUAUAUGUUAUGAUCAAGCAUAACAAAGAAAAACAUGAAUUCUCAUGUUUCAAUGUUUUUUUUAUUGUUUUUUAUUCUCUGUUCAUCUGACAAAAUUAUUGGCACCCCUAACAAUUGUAAAUAAAAUCAAACAAUGUGAAACUGGCAAUACAAAUGUACUUUAUUUAGAUAAUCUAAAAUAACUAUAUUGUGUCACUUUUUGUUUCACUAGAGUAUAAAAAUGAGCUAAUGGUAAAUGUUAAAUGAGGUAAGAAGUAUGCAAAAUUCCUUUGUCAUCCAUCAGCAUGGGAAAAGCCAAAAGAACUGUCAACUCAGAAGAUGCAGAUGGUAAUUGACCAUCACAAGUCUGGUAAUGGGUCCAAGAAAUACAUAAAGGUUUACAUGUACCAUUUAGCACUUGCCAGGAAGAGGACUCAAGUGCAUGUUGUUCCCACAGUGAGUAAGAUGGUGAAGGAGAACAUUUUAUGAAUUGUAGAGACUGGUUGUAUCUUGGGGUCUCCAAGUCUCAAAAAGAGCCAUAAAUGACAACUUCAUACCAACAAACUCUUUGGAUGGGUGGCAUGAAGACAGCCCUUACUGAGCACAAUAAACAAAACCAAGAAUUUGGGGUUUGCCAAACCUCAUUGAAAUUAUGACUGGAAGAGACCAAAAUUUAAUGGUAUGGCCAUAUGCACCAUUUACAUGUUUGGCGGCAAAAUAGGAAUGCAAGGAAAAGCAACUCAUACCUAUUGUCAAAUGUGGAUGUGGGUUAUUGAUGGUUUGGAGAUAUUUUGCUGCCAGUGGUCCAGGUGCACUAUUUAAGAUCAAUUGCACAAUUAAUUCAACAAAGUGCCAGGUACAGAAAUAGUUAAGCGAAAAUAACAUCCAUGUUCUGCAAUGGCCAUCUCAGUCUCCAGACUUAAAUCCCAUCAAAAAUAAUUGUGAAACCUGUUUUUUUUUUUUUUUUUUUUUGUUUAUUUGAAAAAUGGCUUUGAAUCCAUUCAAUUAUUAAUAAAGCACACUAUUUACACAAGUUGGAAAAUAAAGCUUAUGCCAAUAACGUUCAUAGUACCUUUUGUGUACAUUUAUGAAUAAUUCUGGAGCCCACAGUAUAAUUUACUCUCAUCAGUACUGACAAGUAUUUAAAUCUAUGUAAAUAAAAAUAAUUACAUUUU